UGUCGACAAGGUACUUAUGCUGGGAGAUAUAUUUGUGAAAGGAAUAAUCAUCGGUUUAUUUGAGAAAAUUAUUCAUAAUUAGGAGCGAGAUUUGUGAAAGGAAUAAUCAUCGGUUAUUUGAGAAAAUCAUUCAUAGUUAAGAGCGUCUAUUUCAUUUGUUUCUAUUAUGAUCCAGGAUAUGACUCAACUUGAAAGGAUAAGACUAAAUUAAACACUUGAAUUGAUAGAGUGAACCAAAUUUUAAGAUUUCAUGUCUUCCUUUUGGUUUAAAUUUGUGAAAAAAGAAGCGUAUACAAUAAUGAGUAUAAAACAAGACUUCAUACCAUGCAAACAUUAAGUUUGAACAUGUUAUCGAGUGCAGACAUCUUCAUAUUGGUGGAUGGUGCAUGCUAACGGACGUGAAUUAACAUUCCAAAGUAGCGGAGAAUAGAGGGUCGCUGUUGACCAACUCAAGAUUUGUAUUCAGUGCAUUCUUGGAAAGUACAACAGUAAUAUCACUUGACAGCCAUGAUGGAUACAGGGUUUGAUCCUUACCAGAUUUUUGAGGUGGAACAUAAGCCAUGCCUCAUCCUCGAGGUCAAGGUCGUCAGGGGUCGCAACAUCACCCUGGGUUGGAGAGAUUAUGUUGACACUCCGGACCCCUACGUAAAGCUGUUUAUACGGACGGCUCCCGAAGGCAGACGACAGACGAAAUCUCGCGAGAACGACAUAAAUCCGGUCUGGGACGAGAGUUUCACGUUUUUACUCAACGAGACGGAAACAAACAUAAUGGAAAUCUGGUUGAUGGAGGACAAUUCGCCGCUCAUGUACGAUGAGAUUGUUGGAUCGGCUCAGUUUGACCUUGGUACCUUGACACGUGACAAGUGGCAUAAGAAGACAUUCGUGUUCAAUGAGGUGUCCGAGGUUGACAUAGAGAUGAAGAUUUCGCUAGAUCAAAAGCCUACGUUACGCUACAGUCUGUGCCUAUGUGAGCAGGAGAAGUCGUUUUUAACUCUUCGAAAGGUCAAGGUCAUGGAGGCUAUGAAACAGUUGCUAGGGAAAAAAGGGCCAAAUAAUGUGGACGAGGUGCCGACUAUCGCUAUUAUCGGUUCCGGCGGCGGGUUUCGAGCCAUGGUGGGCCUUAGCGGCGCCGUCAAGGGCCUCUACGACGCCGGCAUAUUCCAGUGCGCCACUUAUCUGUGCGGGCUCUCUGGGUCGUCAUGGUAUAUCUCCACCCUCUACUCCCACCCAAACUGGCCGAAAAUGGCCCCUGGUGACAUGCAGGACGAACUGAAGAAUAACAUCGACUCCAGCAUACUGUGGCUGCUGAAACCACAAACCGUAUACAGGUAUAUGGAUAAUAUUAUGAGGAAGAGACAGAAUGGUCAACCAGUCAGCUUUACCGACUUUUUUGGUCACAUGGUCGGGGAGACUUUACUAGGCAACAGGUUCCACUGUCGGCUGUCGGAGCAGCAUGCGAAGCUUACCGACGGCGCGAUACCGAUGCCUCUGCUUACGUGCGUGCACGUGAAGAAAGACAGAAGCGAACGCAGUUUCCAAGAGUGGGUAGAGUUUUCACCAUACGAAAUCGGUAUGGCCAAAUACGGCACGUUCAUGCCGACGAGGUUAUUCGGCUGUAAAUUUUUUAUGGGACAUCUAGCCAAGGAGUACGAGGAACCUCCACUCCAUUACCUGCAAGGUAUUUGGGGCAGCGCUUUCUGCAUCCUCUUCAAGCGAUUGUUUGAGGACAACAAACGCCUGGAUCCCGCCGAGAUUAACAGACAGGACAUGGCUAAAGCGCUGGAAGAAAAUGAACAGGAUGAAAGCAGUGACAGUAGCGACGAAGGAGAUUUUAACGACGAAGAUUCAACAAUUCAGUCAGCGGGCAACAUGAAGAAAGCUUCCACCUUGCCUGCCAAUCUCAACCGACUUCAUGGCUCACCUCAGCGAAGGUCUCCGCAUCUAACCGGAUGCGGUGGGUCAAUGGAUAGCGCCCCAAAACGUAAGGUUUCCACGAGGCGCACAAAACGAAAGGGAUACUGGACCGAGUUUCUGAAAGGAGUUUUUGAAAAUAAACGCUUUGAGUUACUGAGCACGCGCGCAGGUCGGGCCGGUGUGAUCCACAACUUCAUGAGAGGUCUUUCUCUUCAACAUACUUAUCCUCUUUGCCCCUUUACCCCCGUUACUAUGGAGCCACCGGAAGUUCCCAACAAAGUUCACGGUUCGGCACCGAGGCCUCAAAGUGACGACUUCGACGGCAUCUUCGAGAUGCAUCCGACCACGGAGAAGCACCUGUACGUGGUGGACGCGGGCCUCACGUUCAACUCGCCCUACCCCGUGGUGCUGCGGCCUCAGCGCGAGGUGGACAUCAUCCUGUCCUUCGACUUCAGCGCCCGCCCCGGUGACUCAAGCCCGCCUUUUAAGGAGCUGCUCUUGGCAGCAAUGUGGGCUAAAAAGCAUAACCUGAUGUUUCCUCCCAUCGACACGACCGUGUUCGACAGGGAGGGCAUGAAGGAGCUAUAUAUCUUCAGGCACCCCACUGAAGCCAACUGUCCCAUUGUCCUGCAUUUCUGUCUCGUCAACGUUGAGUUCCGGAACUUCGUUAAACCUGGUUUAACGCGAAAAACGAAGGAAGAAAAACAGUUUGCUGACUUCGACAUAUUUGAUGACCCAGCAACUCCAUAUUCAACAUUCAACUUCAAGUAUCCUCAUCUCGCAUUUGAAAGACUAUCGAAACUGACCGAGUUCAACACCUUAUUAAAUGUUGAGGCCGUUAAGAAGGUGAUCGUAGAGAUAAUUGAAAAGAAACGUGCGGAUCCAAAUAAGUUCCUAUUCAAACUUGAGGAUGUGCCUUUACUUCGGAGAGUGUCCCAAAAGAACAAGAACAGACUGUCGAAGUUCCUCACGCGUAUUCACAGCGGUCGAUUCAGCAUAAAAGACGCCGGCAAAGAUCUUAGCCAGUCAAUCGAAGAUAUUCCUGAGGAACCUCUACGUGGCGAAGAUGGCCCUGAUAAUGCUCCAGACCAACACCAGCCUUUACCACUGACGAGCGAGGACGUACCGAAACUGAAACGAACACGUGCAAUAACUAAGAAACACCCUAUUUCAAACGGGGCUUUUAAAUCGUUCAAUGCAGGAAGUUCUCAAAAAACACUGACUUUGCCUAUAAGCAGCAUGUCGUUAGAUGUUUCAGAGGCGUCGAGAGAGGAACAGGACUCGACGCUACGAGACAUACCAGGACGAAGGAAACCCAUGCAACCGGAGAAAUCAAAACAGUGGCAGGAUUCAAAGUGUAACUCUAUUGACGAGGAUGACGGGGAUCCUCGAUUCUAUACAGCAAUUGAGUCUCCAAUUUAACACUGUUUCUGCAUUUCGUUUUUACGGAAACAUUUAUGAGUCCCCCACCCCCCACACUCAGAGUAAUAUGCGUUUUCAGAUCGACAAAAUUCUCGCACAUCAAUAGCCAUGGCGUAUAGUAGAAGAAGUACGGAAAUUCAUCAAUAGGAGUACCGGAUUAAUUUAUCAAUGAGUUUAUAAUGAACAUGGCACAUGCAACAUUUAUUAUCAUAAUGAAGGCAGAUACGUGGAAAGGAAAGUCCAUUACUUAUGCUUUUGCAGUUGCAUUUUGCAAUUUGAUAUUACCAACACAGAACUGAGGUGUUACUAACUAUCACUAAGAAUGGUGAACAUGCUUGUAUAUUUUUUGUGUCAGUGACUUUUCUGUUGUCACGAACAUAAUUAUGUUUAACAUGGUAAUGAUAAAAGCAUAAAAUGCAUAAUGUAUACCUAUAAGAGUAAUACUUAAAAAGUGAUUUGAAAUCAAAUUGAUCCAAAAUGAGUAUGGAUGACCGACUUAGAAUAUGUAAAACGUAUUGAAAUGACACAAACGUUUCAUCCGAAAAAAGUAGCUUUAAAAAAGCAUAUUGCAUGACGAACAAACUGAAGACUGUGUCAUAUAAAUGAAGUUAGCUCAUAUGAACAUGUGAUAUGACCUAUAUAAUGUUUAUCUCUACAGUAUACAGUAUGUCUACAAUAUUACUGUAUUUUAAUUGUAAAUUUGGCUUUUUUUUCUCUCUCCAUUUUCUUUGUGUUAUAAAAACAAACUCUUAUGUUCGUAGUAUCAUAUGUCUAUGAGUAUUUAAGGUUUCAGGUUCAAGAUUUAUCAGCUUUAUUGUCCCCUACCGGUUUCACCGGAGGGGACUUAUGGUUUGCGCUCUGUGCGUCUGUCUGUCUGUGAGUCUGUCUGUCUGUUAGUCUGUCUGUCUGUCACACUUUUCUGGAUCCUGCGAUCACUUUAAAAGUUAUUCAUAUUUUUUUCAUGAAACUGGAAACAAAAAUAAAUGACAAUUUGGACAUUAUGCACGUCAUUUCAUUUUGUUUCUAUGUAACAAAUUCUGGUUGCUAUUGCAACAAAUAAAAAAAUCUGACAAUGGUGGAGCCGGUAGGGGACAUAUAUUGCUUGGCAAUAGUCUUGUUAUAUUUAACUUUGUCACAACUGUUUCUUCGAUUUCUUCUGAAAGCAAGGUACUCAUUUUUAAUUACAUCCUAACCUUCACCUUAUCAAGUUUGAUGCGUCUACAGAAUUUACAAUAUUUUAUAAAUAAUUGUUGCUUUAAAGGGGCCUUUUCACAGAUUUUGGCAUAUUUUGAAGUUUGUCAUUUAAUGCUUUAUAUUGAUAAAUGUAAACAUUGGAUCUUAAAAGCUCCAGUAAAAAAUCAAGAAUAAAAUUAAAAAAGGAAAAAAGUAGCCGGUACCAGGGCUCGAACCAGUGACGCCCGGAGUCCUGAAGUUAGUCUGAAGUAAAAAAGCAUUAGCCCUCUCGGCUAUUCCGCCGUGUAUACACAGUUUGAGUAAUUUAUACCUUAUAUAAGCAAUCUUCAUUGUUUCGUAAAUUUAAACGACAACAACAGAACUCUCCAAAUUAUUCAAUCGUUUCGCGUUGCAACGCUUUAUAACUUUUAGGUUUUCAAAUCGUCAAAAGAUACAUAUAAUGGCUAUAUUGGAUUAUGGUAAAUGUUCAGUAAUACUGUUUCCUCACAAAUAUCAUAACUUAAACGAAAAUUUGCGAAUCUGAAACAACUUUUUUCAAUUUUGUCAAUUUACCAAACCGUGAAAAGAUCCCUUUAAUGACGACAAGGUGUUAUGCAAUGGCAUUUUAUGUUUUCUUAAUUUUCUAUAUUAAUUGCUCAUGAUUGCUAAAUAAAAGGAAUGAUUAUC